AGCAUAGUCAGACCAAACCCAGAGACCUCAACAAUAUUUAAGUCUCAUCUUGGUCAGUGUAUCCAGUCUUUUGUUCUCUGCAGUCUAGCUCUCCUUUAAUGGACUCAUGACAAAGAAUUUCUAAUAUCUGAAGCCUGACAGACAUUAAAUUCCAGCCAUGGGUGACUGGUCUUACCUGUCCGCUCUGCUAGACAAGGUCCAGGCUCAUUCCACUGUGGUGGGGAAGAUCUGGAUGAGUGUCCUCUUCCUGUUCAGGAUCUUUGUCCUGGGCGCGGCUGCAGACAAAGUCUGGGGAGACGAAGUGUCAGAGUUCUACUGUGACUCCUUGGAACCAGGAUGUGAACAUGCCUGCUACAACUCGAUGUUCCCAAUAUCCUACGUUCAUUAUUGGGUCCUGCAGAUCACCCUUGUGUCAACUCCAACCCUGGUCUAUCUGGGUCAUGCUAUCCACAUCAUCCACAAAGAGAAGAGGAUGAUGGAACAGUUGCAGGACAACCCUGAUGCAACUCUAGUGAAGAAACCCAAGUAUACAGAUGAAAGAGGGAAGGUGAAGAUAAAAGGCAUCCUCUUUGGUACUUACAUGAGCCAGUUGGUCUUUAAGAUCUUACUGGAGGUGGGAUUCACCGUGGGCCAGUUUUACAUUUUUGGUUCUGUGUUCAUGGUCUCCUACUUCCACUGUAAAUUUCCACCUUGUGCCCAUUUAACUGGUGCCCAGUGUUACAUUUCUCGGCCCACAGAGAAGACCAUCUUCAUCAUUUUUAUGCUUGUAGUUUCAGGCAUUUCAGUGCUCCUCAACAUCAUUGAGAUAAUCUACCUGCUCUGUAGCAAAAGGAGACAUGCUAAGAAACAGUUUCUAGGUCCAAAGCAUGUGGCCAAUGUGCAGCAUUACCCUUACAACUCAUCUUGUAUGGGUACAAGUAGCCAGUAUGAAGGCUUCUCAUUUUCACCUCUGCCUGCUCAGGGAAAGACUGAGCUCUGCAAUGAUGACAAACACGACGACUCUAUCAAAAAAGAGAAGGACACCUGAUACAUGAAUACAUGAAUACAAUACAUAGCAGUUUUAGAUGUUUGCUUUGUUAUUCUUUUGCUCAAGUUACUCAAAUAGUUUUUUAUAGCACCAGUAGCUGGAUGUGACUGUGAGAGGCUCUUGAACGAAGUACCAAAUUUGCUAUGCCUCAGGACAUUAAAUGUUAAUAGUUUUAAUAGUGUUUUCUUUAAAUGUUCAGUACACUCCCUCUUUCCCAUUGUCAGCUGGGAUUGGCUCCAGCCCCUCCCUGUGGC